AUGGCGUCUUCGAGUCCCUCCCGAAAGCCUCAAUCGCAAAUGCAAGUACCCUCGACCCAGCUGAAGCGAGCAACCUGCAACUUAUGCCGUGAGCGCAAGGUGCGCUGCGACCGGGAAAAGCCGCAGUGUCAGCGCUGUCGCAAAUCGGGCCAAACAUGCGUCUAUCCCUCGGACAAGACAGACAACAACGAGAUCAAGUCGGCUUUGAAUUUGCUUCACUCCCGUUUGCUACAAGCGGAAAUGACGCUCCAAGAACAAGGCCUUCAAUUCACAACUCCUUCUAUGAAGCUGAACCAUUCCGUAUCCUCAAGCUAUAUGUCACAGGAGUCUCAGUUUGUGAAUGACCUACUAUCACAGGGUGAUCAGAUAGACUACUCAAAUAUGCUACCCGCCAUGAGCAAUAUUGUGAACAGCUCUGUCACAGAUGGGACUCCUUCGGAUCUAGACUUGAAUAUGACCGACCUAAAAGACAAUCCCCCAGGCCCCACAUUCAACCCAUUUUUCGAGCAUCCCACUCCCUUUAGCGGAAUGGAGCUGCAGUACGUGCCCCACUACAACAAAAUUAUGAAACUUUCAUCUAAGGCUGUGUCUUGCAGAUACCAGCCGUACUUCGAUAUAGUGCAGAAACACAUCAUGCUAAUAGACCAGCGGGAGUUUUUGCGAUCCGUCGUCCCAAUGAAAACCCACCAAUGCAUGUCCCUGAAAUAUGCCACAGCUCUCUCUGGCUCCACUGCGUGUGGAGAAACAGCCCUAGCUAUGGAGUCUUACAUAGCAGCCCGGUUCCAUCUGGAACGAGCCGAGAAUCUAGCCGAUAACUCUACUUUCUUAAACCUUGAGACUGUUCAAGCUUUGCUUCUUGUCGCAAGGUUUGAAUUUAUUCAUAUUAGCGGACCGAAAGGGCUUCUUACCAUAGCGCGGGCCACUCAGUUACUUAGCUUGCUGGGAUAUGACGUGCUCGAUCGAACCUCAUCAGAAGGUGAACAGAAUAGUUCUCACGUGAUGCCGCCAAAAUCCCAUAGCCCGGGAUGUAUUCAGAUGAUACGAAGGACGUUUUGGAUUGCAUUUGCGAUGCAUUGCAAUGCUGCUGCAAGCUUUGCAUGCUGUAUACCAGUCCGAGACAGCGGGAUCGGUACCGCAAUGCCAGUUCCUAACCCAAUGACAGACUCUGAUCUAAAGCAGCACGUCUAUCUCUCAGAUGGAAUUACAAAUACCAUCACGAAGGGACUUUCCGUAUUUUCCCUCUUUAUCUUUGCGAUGAAACUUGUCGUUGACGGAGACCGCCACCGCCAGGCGACCAACAAAUACGUACAGGACAAGGCAUCUGAUUAUAAUUUUUGCCUUGUCCACGAGAAAAUUGGCACAGAAAUCAAGCUCAUGUCGAAGUUCCUCUCGGAACAAGAGUUUCUUGACGGGCCAGAUGACGAACUUCGCGUGCUCACUUGCAUCGUCGUCAUAGGGACUCGAAUAGACUGGCUCAAGACAGCUAUUAUCGGAUCUCUAAAAGCCGCAUUUCUUGGUCCUAUUGCCAAAGAAUAUCGCACUUCAUGUGUUGCUGUCACGAAUGCUAUGUGUGAUUUGCUUCUUCAGGCAAACUUUACCGAUGCGAAACAAAUCCCCGCCUACAAAGAAAUGUCACUCUUCAUAAUGCGGCCGUUAGCCUUAGCCGCCGAAUUCCAGCUUGAAGUCUUGCAAAACCCACAAGACAUGAGCUACAAUGCAUUCUCGUCCACGCGCGAGAUACGACAGAACCUCGAACUAUUGUGCAAUGUGAUGGUGGUUUGUAAACCUGCAACUGGAGAGUAUGAUCGAAGGAUUCAAGCUUGCACAGCGUUUCUGGAGAAAACAAGAUUUGAGAGAGUUCUUAAUUCGAGUCUACUAGGGAAUGGUGUCGGUAGAUGA